AUGAGAAGACAAGCAGAGGCUUUAAAGUCUGAGCAGCUAGCAUUUCUUCUCAGUAGAAGAAGCCACGCGCAUGCACGCCAUAACCAUGACAUUAACCUCUUAACAAUCAUGCUCCGCUUCACAUCAAACUCCGACCACUCCUUCUUCUUUCUCUUCUUCUUCCUCUCUCUCUUUCUCUUUUCCACUUCUGCUCCAACACCUUCAGAUGGCGUUGAAGUUUUUGGCGAGGAACUGUACGAGGAAGAGGGGGUAGUUCCAUGGACGGCGAGGAGAUCAACGGCGGAAGUUGCAAGCAGCAAGAAUGGAACGCUGGUGCUUGCUGAAGAGAGAACUCGCCGGAAAGACUGGUUUAACGGUUUUCGCCGUUACACCGGUGGUUGGAAUAUCAGCAGCGCCUAUUAUAUAACGGUUUUUCACUUCUUCUUGCACUGCAUUUUAAUUAAGCGCUACGCGCUUUUGCCACGUGUUUUCCGUUAUGUCCACUGCGGUUCCUUUAUUCGCUGUGGCUUUAGCCUGGUUCGUGAUUUUUGGAGAUCUUAUACUCGUCAGCUGUGCGUGUUACUGCUGUUAGCUGGAUGCACUCAGUUGUACUCUGGUCAGUCGAAGAUUGGUGGAAGCACUUCGAACACACUUGAUUACGUUGUGAGUCAGGCUCAAUCUGUAGCUGAAAACCUGACUAUCAUGUCAACUUAUUUUGAUUCAGCUAAGCAUAUUGUGCAUGGGGUUCCUUUCUCCCUACACAUUGAUUUUGGACCCGACAUUGAUGACAUCAAAAUCAAAGUCCUCGUUGCUGCUGAUUAUCUCUCCAACACGGUUAAAGCUAACUCCAAGAUCAUACACAAAGUCAUAGAUGGAGUAAGACUGGCUCUCAUUAUUGUUGCUGCUGUUUUGUUCUUUGUUGCAUUUCUCCGACUCAUUUUUUCUUUACGUGGGUGGCAGUGUCCAGUGUACUUCUUGGUAGUUAUUGGAUGGAUUCUUGUCACUGGCACCUUGUUACUCUGUGCUGCAUUUCUUUUUGUUUAUAAUGUGACUGGUGAUACAUGUGUUGCGAUGGAUGAGUGGGUUGUGAACCCCACUACCCACACUGCAGUGGAUGAAAUUCUUCCGUGCGUGGAGAAAGCAACUGUGUGCGAGGUUUCGUUGGCUGAACAAUGUACGAGUGCAGGUCGUUUGACGCCGACCAUAUACACGAAACUGGGGGAUGCAGUGAAUGUGACGCGUGGUUUAUUUGAGUAUGGGCCAUUUUUUGCUGAUUUAGUUGAUUGCAGUUUUGUUCGGAAAACGUUCAAUGAAAUUAGCAGCACUUAUUGUCCACCUUUGCGAAGAUACAUUAUACGGGUUUGUGUGGCAUCAGUUGUGGUUUCUGCAGCGGUUAUUGUCUCCUUGGUAUCUUCGGUCGUCUUUGUCAGAGAACAGUGCCUCUAUCUUCACGGCAAUGGUGCUCAUUAG